AUGUUUGUGGGUAGUCCCGGUAGUAGCGGCAGCGGCCACUCCAUCCGCCUGGGGACCAACGAGGAUACGUCACAGCACAUGCCUGUGCUCUUUCCCACCUAUGCCCAGCAGCAGCAGCAGCAACAGUCGCAGCCGCAAGAGCGUGUAGUACCUGACGCGCGACGGGGAGCGCCGCAACCGGCGGCGCCGAUGCGGCCGGCGGCGCAGGUGAAGAUGAGGCUGGGCACCAACGAGGACUUCUCGCAGUACAUGCCGCCCAUCCACCGCGCCUCCGCCGGUCCCGCUGCGCCUCAAGCCAGCCCUUUCGGCGCGGCGGACGUGGCGUCCAUGCUGGGGGCGCGCGUCGACGCCUUGACGGUGUCGCCGGGGGGCCCGUCCAGGCGGACCAGCUUCGAGGCCAGCCCCAAGGCGAGCCGCGACGCGUUGGCGGCGGUGGAGCGCUCGCAGUCGCACGACAGUCGCGGACUCGCGGCCGGCCCGCGCGGCAGCGCGCCAAUGGCGGGUGGCAGCCCGCGGAAGGACGGGUUGGCGCCUGGGAUGGCGGGUUCCCCAUCGUACGGCGCGCGGCCCUUCCCCGAAAGAGGCGUCGGGUUUCCAUCCGCCGCCGGCUCUCAGGGCAUGCGCGCCGCGCCGUACGCGACGCGUUCCGCUCAGACCAGCAGUCCGCCAGGCGCACACGUGGCCGCGGCGAGGGGGUCGGGCGGGGGAAUGGGGUCGGGCGGGGGGACGGGGUGGGGCGCGGGGAGGCAGCAGCAGGCGCCGAUGCCGCUACCGGGGCGGCAGGCGUCGGGGGGGGCGGGGGGCGCGUCGUGGGACAACAUGGGCGUCAACAUGAGCGGGGGGUCGAACGCGGGCCUGAGCUCCUCGUGGAGCGACUUCGACACGCGCUCCAUCGGCAGCGCGGGGGGCAGCAGCGCGCGCCCCACGGAGGGCGGGGGGGGCGCGGAGUGCCGGCAGUUCACGUUGGCGCAGCUGGCGGCCGCCACCGACAACUUCAGCGACGCCAACCUGCUGGGCCGCGGCGCCUUCGGCAUGGUCAGCCCGCACUGCCGCCUCCCCCCCGCAUGCCCCUCAAUGCCCCUCCCCCCCGCAUUGCCUCGCAUUGCCACCUCCCCCCCGCAUUGCCCCUCAACGCCGCCUCCCCUCCCCCUUCCAACAUUUUCUCUCAUCAUCCCCUUGGCUCCCCCUCCCCAUACCCACCUUGGCUCCCCCUCCCCAUACCCACCUUGGCUCCCCCUCCCCAUACCCACCUUGGCUCCCCCUCCCCAUACCCACCUUGGCUCCCCCUCCCCAUACCCACCUUGGCUCCCCCUCCCCAUACCCACCUUGGCUCCCCCUCCCCAUACCCACCUUGGCUCCCCCUCCCCAUACCCACCUUGGCUCCCCCUCCCCAUACCCACCUUGGCUCCCCCUCCCCAUACCCACCUUGGCUCCCCCUCCCCAUACCCACCUUGGCUCCCCCUCCCCAUACCCACCUUGGCUCCCCCUCCCCAUACCCACCUUGGCUCCCCCUCCCCAUACCCACCUUGGCUCCCCCUCCCCAUACCCACCUUGGCUCCCCCUCCCCAUACCCACCUUGGCUCCCCCUCCCAAUACCCACCUUGGCUCCCCCUCCCCAUACCCACCUUGGCUCCCCCUCCCCAUACCCACCUUGGCUCCCCCUCCCCAUACCCACCUUGGCUCCCCCUCCCCAUACCCACCUUGGCUCCCCCUCCCCAUACCCACCUUGGCUCCCCCUCCCCAUACCCACCUUGGCUCCCCCUCCCCAUACCCACCUUGGCUCCCCCUCCCCAAGCCAAGCUUGGCUCCCUCGCCAAGGAACAGGGGUGGUUCAAUAAGGAACAGGGGUGGUUCAAUAAGGAACAGGGGUGGUAA